AUGAAACUGCACUACACUAAAUUAUUAUUAUUUUUCUUUACAUUAAAUAUAUUGUUAACAUCAUAUCAUGCACAUAAUAAAAAUAAACCAUCCAUCACACCACAUCAUACACGAAGUACUACGUCACGAUUGUUAAGCGAAUAUGACACAGAAUCGUCAAUUUAUGAUAGUGAUGAUGAAAUCGAUUCAGUGAAGGAAAUUUUCGAACGACAAGCCUCACAAAGAUUACGAGAAUAUGACGAAAGGUUGCAAGAAAAACGACAAAAACGCAAAGAACAACGUGACAAAAAUAUACAAAAAAUUAUUCAUAAAGAUAAAAUGGAGAAAAACUUAGCAGAAAAAAUAGAAAAAGGUUGUCUUAGGUGUGGAUGUGGGCUAGGAAGUGUUGCAGGAAGUAUUGGAUUAUUUGGUGCGGUUGCUAUAAAUAUAUGGAAACCUGCGGCACUUGAUGCCGCUAUUACAGCAGCUCUAAAUGCAAAUGCUGUUAAGAUUGCGGCUGCCGCUAAUGCUGCGGGUGAGGUUAUAGGUAAGGCAUUAGUUAUUGCAGAAUUACAAAAAAUGGGUAUAUCAACUCUAAAAGGUCAGACAUUGAAAUCCUUUUUUAGAACAAUAUCUUAUAAAAAUGUCUCGAGCAUUACUAAAGCUGUUUAUGGACAACAUUAUGAGAUAUGUGUAUAUGAUCCUUCAAGGAACCUGUUAUCCUCUUUCGGUGACGUUAACCGUCAUAUUGGUAUUUGCAAUUCGGUGUGGAAACAAAUUUCAGCUGUAUCACAAAGAGGACAAUAUAUUUCACAUGAAGAAGUUAUAAAAAGAACUGUAGAAACUAUGAUGUCAGAAGCCGAAGUAUCAGCUAAAGCCGCUGCUAAGACUGCUGAAGCUGCUAAUAAAUUAGCUAUUGAAGAAGCACAAGAGCAAGUUAUGGAAGCUACAAUUUACAAUUGGUACACCACAAUUGGUUACACCAUCCUUGCCAUAUUAAUUAUAGUUUUAAUUAUGAUAAUAAUUUAUUUGAUUUUACGUUAUCGACGAAAAAAAAAAAUGAAGAAAAAAGCCCAAUACACAAAAUUAUUAAAUGAAUAA